GAGACUGUGGUCGAGAGGUUCACAUCAAAAUGGCCGCAUUUUAGUCUACAGACGAUUUUUCUUUACUGUUUGCCAAUAGCCGUGUAAAGGGCCUGGCAGUGUUCCCUAAAGUAGCAGAUCUGUUUCGCUGGAAAUUUUACUAUUGAAUAACGUGAAAAUUUUCGUGAAAUAGAACAAACUUUGGUUUUGCACAAUAUCUUAUAAGAUGUUACGUCACCAACAUCAUACAAUGCAAAACCAACUUAGAGAUCAUAAUAGAAUGGGAGGUCCGAUGCGUCCUAUGCAGCAGGCAAACAUGGCCCCUUUACAUCAGCCGCAGCAUCCAUUACCGCAUCGGAAUCCACAUCAACAAAUACUGUCCAUGCCCCCCCAUCAACAACACAUUCAUCACAUGCAACAUCCUGGACCACCGCAUGGAAAUCCACGACAACCGAUGUUGAUGGGCAUGAAUGCACAUAAUACAAAUGGCACUGUGGUUAGUGUCAGUCUAAAAGACCAAGCAAACACUGUCUCUGUGACUCUACAAAAUCCAAAUGUUCAAACACCACCGUAUCCGCAACAACAAAAUAAUCAACAGAAUCCUCCUCCGCAACACAUGCAACAACAACAAAAUAUGGAACAAAAUAAGUCAUCCACAAAUGAAAGCAACAAUGGAGAGUCCAGAGAUCAGAGUCCUUCUACUCAAAAUCAUGUCAACGCGACUGAUUCAGCUUUGGCAAACAUGAAAGAAAAGACCCCGAUGUGCUUAUUGAAUGAAUUAGCACGGUUUAAUAAGAUUCAGCAUCAAUAUAGAUUGACUAAUGAACAAGGACCAGCGCACAAAAAACGAUUCACGGUAACACUGAAGCUUGGGGAGGAGGAAUAUGUCGCUGAGGGUCCCAGUAUUAAAAAAGCACAGCAUAGUGCUGCGACCGAAGCAUUAACGCGAACCUGGUAUCAACGACCUCCACCGAAACCUACUAAGGCAAUGAGAGUUGGACAUCCAGGAAAAUGUUUCAGCGGUUCUGGGAACUUGCCUCCAACGGUCGAAUUAAACGCUUUGGCUAUGAAGAGAGGAGAACCUACUGUUUACACUUUUAGAAAAGCUCCACCAGCAGGGAUACAGAAAUAUGUUCCGGGUUUAGACCUUUUUCCUCGAAUAUACAAUCCGCGUUUACCUACGUUGACUCGUGGUGGUUACCUCGUAGAACCUCAAUUGUAUCUAGUAUCCUUGAAGGUAGGGGAACGUGAAUUUAUUGGUAAAGGACUGACAGGUCAAGCAGCACGACAUGACGCAGCUAGUAAAGCUUUAGAGGAGUUACGUCAAUUACCAUUACCGGAAGAAGUGGCAAACACUUGUAAUACUGGUGAAAAUGGUGCAUUAGGUGAAGCUAAAGAUCCUAUUGCUGAGUUAAAGAGUCCUGUAUCGUUAGUUCACGAGAAAGCAUUAAAACGUGGUUUACCUGUUAGUUUUGAAGUUGUAUCGGAAAUUGGGAAACCCCACAUUAGGACAUUCAGAACAAAAUGCACAGUUGGAGAUAAAGUCACAUUAGGCGAAGGACCAUCAAAGAAAGUAUCAAAAAGACAUGCGGCAGAAUUUAUGUUGGAAGAACUUAAUCUUUUGCCUCCAUUGACCGAAACUAUACAAAAUCGCCCGCUGCGAGUCAAACGCAAACCACCAGCAACAAAGAAAAAGUCACGAAACUUGAUAAAAGUUUAUCAGGAACCACGUUCUGAAUCGGAAGUUGCGGAAGAAGUGAAUCCAGUUUCACGAUUGGUUCAGAUACAGCAAGCUAAACGAGAAAAGGAACCCGUUUAUAAUUUAAUAGAAGAAAAGGGUACACCUAGGCGAAGGGAAUUCGUUAUGGAGGUUACUAUGGGACAACAUUCAGCGCAAGGAAUGGGUCCUAAUAAGAAGCUAGCCAAAAGAGCUGCGGCAGAAGCUCUUUUAACGCAAUUAGGUUACAGUAAGCCACAGCGACAGCCUACAAAGCCAUCAAUAAAAACAGGAGAAAGCGAGAACACUGAAACAAAACCUAGGAAGGUCACUUUCUUAGAAGAUGAGCAGAUUAAUGAAGCUCAACCUCAUCCAGUAGGAGGAACUAUUGGGCGUCAGUUAGUACCUGGAAUUUUAUUAGUCGAUGGAGGCCAAGAAUCUAAAUUAAGUAGUGGACCCAGUGUGGAAAUUGUUGCUGAAGAAUUACGAGGGCAACAACAAAACCCAGCCACAGUUUCUCCCAAAGAUCAGUUGAAAUAUCUCUCUCAGUUAUUUAACUUCAACGUGGAAUUCAGUGACUUUCCUAAGCCAGCAGCAGUAAAUAAGGAAUAUCUCUCACUUGUAACGUUAAGUACAGAUCCACCGCAAGUUUGUUAUGGCAAUGGGCCGACAAGGAGUGCGAGUCGUAAUCAAGCGGCAUUGAAAGCUUUGUGUACUUUAAGUAAGCUGGGCCUCGACAAUGCAUCUAAUUCGCAAACGAUAAAGGAUAAAGGUGCGUCUGGAGAUGGAAUACACAUUAGCAUUCAAGUUAAGAACAAUAUAAUGGAUGGAACUAUUGAUAAGUAAUUAUAUAAUAAUAUUUAAGACUUACGUAUUAUAAGUUCAAUUUAUGUUGCCAUUUUAAGGCAUUGCAAAGGAAAACUAACUUAUAGACUUUCACGUAGUCAUUGAUGAGAAUCAGAUAUGUUUGAAAAUGAUUCGAGUAAGACGAGUGAUUUCAUUAUAGGUUUAACAUUAAUAUCAACGUUAAUGUUAAACCUUAAUACUUUGAACUGUAUCGUAAAUUUUUAAGAUUAACGAUUUGAUUGAAUUUUUCUUCGUUUAUUUUAUAAAGGGGCACAAAUAUUAGUGUUUCGUGUAUAUUAUUAUUAUUAUUACUACUACUAUUAUUAUCAUUAAUGUUAUAUGCUUUUAGUAUUUCUCAUUAUGUAUCAAGAUUGCAAGGUUUUGUUUUUAUUAGUAUGUACGUUGUUUUUACGUAAUCUUUCUAAAUUAUUUUUACGUAGUCCUAAUCGUACAUUCUAUUUUUAUUAAUGUAUUUGUAUAUAUUACAGUUGUUGAAUGAACUAAUCGGUGGGAAAAUAGCUCUCCUCAAUCUCUAUCUGGGCCUUAUUACAUGGUAACUUCAAACGUUGAAUCACCAAUGACUCAGUCUUCGCACAUUACGCCAUUGCUUCUUUAACUUCAUGGAUCGCGUAUUUUGAAGAUCAAUAGCUUUUUAUGGAGGAUCAAUCUUUUGCAGUGCCUUAAUCGCACCAGAAAACUGCUCAAGCACCAGUAACUAAGAAGUCAUUGAUGAGAGUACAGAAAAAUGUCUUUCUUUUAGAAGCGGAGACAUCUGAUCAGUCGUAACAGUCUUCGAUAGACUCCUAUGAUGAUUACAAAGCGUAAAGCUUGCGCAUACUAUUGCGUAUGGAGUAUUUAAUUUAAAUCAUUUUUCUACGCUUAAAGAGUACACAGUAGUACCUUUGGAAAAGAAUUAUUGGUGCUUGAUCAAGAUUGUGAUCCUAACAGUGAACAUCGAUUAUGUCAUAUUUAUUAUAACUUCAUUGAUAGGACCACAAUCAAGUAACAUAAAUUGUUAAACAUCGUAAUUGAACGAAAAUGGUCAUUCUCCAAAGAAUCGUGGUUUAUGAUCAAAGAAAUAUUGUAGACACGUUAAGUGAAGAAACUAUUGAAAUCUGAGAUAAAAUGCGGCCAUCUCUUAAUUUUUUUUAUUUAAUCCUUGGCUUUCUCAUUCUUCGCGAAUAGAAUGUCUAUUAUGUCGUAUUACCUGAUAUGAGCGCAUGUAAACGAGUAAAUCAUUUUCAUACAAAAUUCUUUAAAUGUUUUGUUGAUCAAAGCGGAAUCUUUAUUAAUGAUUAUUUUGACAUUGUAUAUAACUAUUGGUAUGUAAAAAGAAAUGCAUUUUUUCAAAAUGAAAUUCGUCUAGAAUCUUCGAAAAGUUACGUCUCUCCAAUCGAAUAAUCAAAUAGAAGAAGAUUGCAAAAAUUGUAAAGCCAUUGAUUCUCAUUUUCUAUUAAAUUAAUAGUAUGAUAGUACUACAACAAUUAUAAAUGACAGUAUUAAUUAGAAAGAAAUAGUAAAGCUUUGGAAAUUCAUUGGGGACUCGAACUUUCUCGACUUUUCUACGAGUUUCCGUUUAAAUCUUGAAAAUUGAAGAAAGGUAAUGUGAUAUAUUCAUAUUAUUGCCCCAAUUUGCUUUUUGGUGGGGCCUAGAAGCACUCUGGGGUUAUAUUCGUGUUUUGCAAGGUAUUGAGAAGUAAAGGACAUUCAAAUUUUCAUACAUCCGUUAUCUAAUAAAAGAAUAAAAAAUGAUUUUGGAUGUAUUGGAAAUUGUAGUUGAAAAUGGUAAUAAUCAAAAUUUGUUCCGUUGCGUCAUGAUUAUUAAAGAAAUACGUUUGAUUUAAGCUUAAGGAAAUAACGUAUCAACAUUCUUGAAACGACGUUGUAAAUUUUGUCUUAUUACCGAAAAUUAAAAAAAAAAAUAGUAUAAUAAUGAAUCAAGGUAAUAGUCUUAAUCGUAACUCUGUUUAAUAAACAAAGAAGAAGACUACGAUACCACUUUUUUCGUCGAAGACUUAUCUUGCAUUCAUUAUUCCCAUUAAAUUAUUCAAAAAAUGUCUCGAAUGAUAUUCGGUCAUUAAAAAAAAAAGGGAAAAAAACGAAAAAAAAA